AUGCACCGAGUGGGUAGUGCAGGGAACACAAAUAGUUCUGUUCGUCCGCGUAAAGAGAAGAGGCUUACAUAUGUGCUGAAUGAUGCAGAUGAUACCAAGCAUUGUGCUGGUGUAAAUUGUGUGACUGUGCUAAAGUCAUCAUCUUCCGGGAGAGAUUACCUUUUCACUGGGAGUCGUGAUGGCACAUUGAAGAGGUGGGCAGUGUCUGAAGAUUCUGCUACUUGUUCUGCUACAUUUGAGUCACAUGUUGAUUGGGUGAAUGAUGCUGUCCUUGCAGGGGAAAAUACCCUUGUCUCAUGUUCUUCAGAUACUACUCUUAAGACUUGGGAUAGCUUGUCCAAAGGAACUUGUACAAGAACUCUCCGACAGCACUCUGACUAUGUUACACGCCUUGCUGCAGCAGAAAGAAAUAGCAAUGUUAUUGCUUCCUGUGGCCUUGGUGGAGAGGUUUUCAUAUGGGAUAUCGAAGCUGCACUCACUCCAGUUUCAAAGUCAAGUGACGCAACUGAAGAUGAGGGCUCAAAUGGGGUAGGUGGUUCUGGUAAUUCGUUGCCUAUGACAAGUUUACGGCCCAUUAGCUCAAGCAACAGUAUUACUUCGCACAACACUCAGUCCCAUGGGUAUGCGCCAACUGUUGCAAAAGGCCAUAAGGAGUCGGUAUAUGCAUUGGCAAUGAAUGAUACUGGAUCAGUUCUUGUAUCGGGUGGAACAGAGAAGGUUGUGCGUGUUUGGGACCCAAGGAGUGGUUCAAAGACAAUGAAGCUAAGAGGUCAUACUGAUAACAUUAGAGCUUUGCUUCUAGAUUCUACUGGCAGGUUUUGCUUAUCAGGGUCUUCUGAUUCAAUGAUCAGACUAUGGGAUCUCGGUCAACAAAGAUGUGUACAUUCUUAUGCGGUGCAUACUGAUUCUGUUUGGGCCCUGGCCAGCACCCCUACAUUUAGUCAUGUUUAUAGCGGCGGGCGAGAUCUUUCUUUGUACUUAACAGACUUGGCGACUAGGGAAAGUGUUCUGCUCUGUUCAAAGGAGCACCCCAUCGUACAAUUGGCUCUACAUGACGACAGUAUAUGGGCUGCAACUACCGACUCUUCAGUUGAUAGGUGGUCGGCAGAUGGACGAAAUCCCCAAAAGGUUUUUCAGAAAGGCGGUUCAUUCUUGGCUGGGAACUUGUCAUUUUCUAGGGCAAGGGUUUCUCUUGAAGGGUCUACACCGGUGCCUGUUCAUAGGGAACCCACCCUGACGAUUCCAGGAACUCCUGCGAUAGUGCAGCAUGAGAUUUUAAAUAAUAAAAGACAUCUAUUGACCAAGGACACUGCUGGUUCGGUUAAGCUAUGGGAGAUCACAAAGGGCGUGAUAGUUGAGGACUAUGGGAAGGUGCCGUUCAACGAGAAGAAAGAGCAAUUAUUUGAGAUGGUAAGCAUUCCUUCAUGGUUCACUGUGGAUACGAGGCUUGGAUGCUUGUCAGUGCACCUGGACACUCCACAAUGCUUUUCAGCUGAGAUGUAUUCAGCAGACCUCAGCAUUCCCGGGAAAGCUGAAGAUGAUAAGGUUAAUCUGGCACGUGAAACCCUUAAAGGACUGUUGUCUCAUUGGUUAUCCAAAAAAAAGCAAAGAGUUGGAUCUCAAGCUUCUUCUAAUGGCGAGGUUCUUCCUGGCAAGGAUAUCACUUCUAGAAGCCUUGCCAAUUCCAGAGUUGAGAUAGAUGGCAGUGCUGAGAAUGACUCCAUCAUAUAUCCUCCAUUUGAGUUUUCCACAGCUUCUCCCCCUUCAAUUAUAACCGAGGGCUCUCAAGGGGGGCCAUGGAGAAAGAAAAUCACUGAUUUGGACGGAACAGAAGAUGAGAAGGAUUUACCUUGGUGGUGCCUGGACUGCGUGCUGCAUAAUCGCUUACCUCCUAGGGAGAAUUCCAAGUGUAGCUUUUAUCUGCAUCCCAGUGAAGGAAAUUCUUUCCAGAUCCUCACACAAGGCAAACUUAGUGCUCCACGCAUACUGAGAAUCCAUAAAGUUGUCAAUUAUGUGCUAGAGAAGAUGGUUCUAGACAAACCACUUGACAAUUUGAAUCCCGAGGGAACGUUUGCUCCCGGACUUGGUGGAGGACCAUUGCAACAUUCAGCACUUGGGGAUGGAUCUUUCCGCUCUGGACCAAAACCUUGGGUGAAGUCCAGGAAUACUAUAGAGAUAUUAUGCAAUAACCAGGUCCUGUCCCCAGAAAUGAGUUUAGCCACAGUGCGAGCUUACAUAUGGAAGAAGCCUGAGGAUCUGAUCCUCAACUACAGAAUUAUCCAGGGAAAGUGA